AUGGAGUUAAUAGAUGUUAUGCAGAGAAGACGGAUUAAUGUCACAUGUAUUCAAGAGAUAAGAUGGAAAUGUAACAAAGCAAAGGGCUUAGAUGACUUCAAACUAUGGUACCUGGGUGAUGAAAACGAAAGAGGUGGAGUGGGCAUAGUAGUGGACAGAGACCUUAAAAAUGAAGUGGUGGAUGUUAAAAGAUUUGGAAGCAAGAUCAUCUCUAUUAAACUGGUGCUAGACGGUGAGACCAUCAAUAUAGCUAGCGCUUACGGGCCCCAAGUAGGACUAAAUGAGAGUGUUAAACUACUGUUUUGGGGACACAUGGAUGACUCAGUGCAAGGUUUUGGACAGAGAGAAAAAAUUAUUAUUGGAGGAGACCUUAACAGGCAUGUGGGUAAGGAUUGUAGAGGCUAUGAAGAGGUACAUGGUGGAUUCGGAGUUGGGGAGAGGAAUGCAGAGGGGAUCUCAGUGUUGGACUUUGUGACAUUGUAUAACUUUUGCAUUGCAGAUACCUUUUUUGAGAAAAGGGAGGAACAUUUAAUUACCUACAAAAGUGGACAUCACACAAGUCAAAUUGAUUUCUUCCUCAUGAUAAAAUCUGAUAGAAUGUUAUGUAAAGACUGCAAGGUUAUACCUGGAAGAGCCUAA